CCCAUCCCCCCACAUCGGCUUCAUUCCUGCCUGUUAACACAGCCCUCACUGGGUAUGCGGGUAGUGAGUGAGGCGGUGGAUGGGGGCGCUGCAGAGUCGCACAGGCCGGUCCCUGCGAUACAAUCUACCGAGAGAGGGGGGUGAAGGAAAAAAACCAACUGGGUAGGUCGGUCUUUGUUUCUGGCUAGGAGGAAAACCAAGAGACGUUGCAAGCGGCGAAGACUCAAACAGCAGCGUUCACCAUUCGUGGGUACUUUCUGCUGCCACACAUUCCCAGUGAGAGAUGUCCACUCCUGACCCCCCAAUGGGAGGGACACCUCGGCCUGGACCCUCCCCAGGACCAGGGCCAUCUCCGGGAGGCAUGUUGGGCCCGAGCCCUGGUCCCUCACCAGGCUCGACCCACAGUAUGAUGGGGCCUAGUCCAGGACCUCCUGGAUCUGGACACCCCCACCCUCCACAAGGACCCUCAGGAUAUCCUCAGGAAAAUAUGCACCAGAUGCACAAAGUACUAAAUCCCAUGGAAGCCAUGCAUGAGAAAGGAAUGCCCGAUGACCCCCGCUAUGCCCAGAUGAAGGGCAUGAGCAUGAGACCAGGGGGGCACAGCGGGAUGGGACCCCCUCCAAGCCCAAUGGACCAACAUUCCCAAGGUUACCCCUCUCCAUUGGGAGGCUCAGAUCACGCUCCUAGCCCUGUCCCAGCCAAUGGCCCUCCGUCUGGCCCGAUGAUGCCCGGAGGUCCGUCUGGCCCGAUGAUGCCCGGAGGUCCGUCUGGCCCGAUGAUGCCUGGCGGUCCCUCCGGCCCUGGGGCUGGCCCUAUGGAGGGCAGCGGGGACCCGACCCAGGGGAUGGGUCAACCUAACCGUGGAGCUCCCCAGGGUCCAGGUGGACCCGUCGUUGCAGGAGGUGGACCAGUAGGUGCGGGCGGACCUGCUCCUUUCAACCAGAACCAGCUGCACCAACUCAGGGCUCAAAUCAUGGCCUACAAGAUGCUGGCGCGCAGUCAGCCCUUACCAGACCACCUGCAGAUGGCUGUGCAGGGGAAGAGGCCCAUGCCAGGGAUGCAGCCGCAGCCGAUGCCCAACAUGCCGCCUUCUACAGGGCCUGGAGCUGGAGCUGGUCCGGGACCAGCUCAGGCCAACUACAACAGGCCACAUGGCAUGGUAGGUCCUAAUAUGGUGCCUCCUGGACCUGCAGGAGUUCCCCUAGGUAUGCAAGGCCCUCCUACCAACGGACCCCCUAAAUCAUGGCCUGAAGGACCAAUGGUGAAUGCUGCUGCCCCCUCCAACCCGCCUCAGAAGCUGAUCCCACCUCAGCCCACUGGCAGACCAUCUCCCGCUCCUCCCUCUGUUCCCCCCGCUGCCUCCCCAGUGAUGCCCCCUCAGACGCAGUCCCCGGGACACCCCGCCCAACCCCCUCCUAUGAUGCUUCACCAGAAGCAGAACCGCAUAACUCCCAUCCAAAAGCCCCGCGGGCUGGACCCGGUGGAGAUCCUCCAGGAGAGAGAGUACAGGCUACAGGCUCGUAUUGCUCACCGUAUCCAGGAGCUGGAGAACCUGCCCGGCUCUCUAGCGGGUGACCUGCGCACUAAGGCCACCAUCGAGCUCAAGGCCCUGCGGCUGCUUAACUUCCAGAGACAGCUGCGUCAGGAGGUGGUGGUUUGCAUGAGACGCGACACUGCUUUGGAAACUGCCCUGAACGCCAAGGCAUACAAGCGCAGCAAACGGCAGUCUCUACGUGAAGCCCGCAUCACUGAGAAGCUUGAGAAACAGCAGAAGAUUGAACAGGAGCGUAAACGUCGGCAGAAACACCAGGAAUACCUCAACAGCAUCCUGCAGCACGCCAAGGAUUUCAAGGAGUAUCACCGCUCCAUCACAGCGAAGAUCCAGAAGGCCACCAAAGCUGUCGCCACCUAUCAUGCCAACACUGAGCGCGAGCAGAAGAAGGAGAACGAGCGCAUUGAAAAAGAGAGGAUGCGGCGGCUGAUGGCUGAAGAUGAAGAAGGCUACCGUAAACUCAUCGACCAAAAGAAAGACAAGCGUCUGGCCUACCUGCUCCAGCAGACGGAUGAGUACGUGGCCAACCUCACUGAGCUGGUGCGCGCACACAAAGCCGUGCAAGCUCUCAAAGAGAAGAAAAAGAAGAAGAAAAAGAAGAAGCCAGAGACAGCGGAUGGUGUUCUUACCAUGGGACCUGAUGGAGAGCCUUUAGAUGAGACCAGUCAAAUGAGUGACCUGCCGGUGAAGGUCAUCCACUUGGACAGUGGAAAGAUCCUGACUGGGAUGGAAGCACCUAAGGCCGGCCAGCUGGAGGCCUGGCUCGAGAUGAACCCAGGAUACGAAAUAGCGUCGCAUUCGGACAGUGAAGAAAGCGGUUCAGAUGAAGAGGAGGAGGAUGAGGAGGAAGAGGAACAACCUCAUUCAUCUGCAGCUCUAGUAGAGGAGAAGAUUCCUGACCUUGAACCUCAAGACGGAGCUGAAAUGGAUGUCCUGCACGUAGAACAUGCCAAGCAGGAUGUAGAUGACGAGUACGGUAAUGCGAGUUUCAACCGAGGCCUGCAGUCCUACUACGCUGUGGCUCAUGCUGUCACUGAGAGAGUGGACAAACAGUCCUCGCUGCUGAUCAACGGGGAGCUCAAGCAAUACCAGGUUAAAGGUUUGGAGUGGCUGGUGUCGCUUUACAACAACAACUUGAAUGGCAUCCUGGCUGAUGAGAUGGGUCUAGGAAAAACAAUCCAGACCAUCGGCCUCAUCACUUACCUCAUGGAGUACAAGCGCCUCAACGGGCCCUUCCUCAUCAUCGUACCUCUCUCAACUCUAUCAAACUGGGUCUACGAGUUUGAUAAGUGGGGCCCAUCUGUUGUGAAAAUCUCCUACAAGGGGUCUCCAGCUGCUCGUCGUGCAUUCCUUCCCAUCUUGCGCAGUGGCAAGUUCAACGUGCUGCUCACCACGUACGAGUACAUUAUCAAAGAUAAGCAGGUGCUAGCAAAGCUUCGCUGGAAGUACAUGAUCGUGGACGAGGGCCAUCGUAUGAAGAACCACCACUGUAAGCUGACCCAGGUCCUCAACACUCACUACUUGGCCCCGCGCCGCCUGCUGCUCACAGGCACUCCGCUGCAGAACAAGCUGCCUGAGCUCUGGGCCCUGCUCAACUUCCUCCUGCCCACCAUUUUCAAGAGCUGCACCACAUUCGAACAGUGGUUCAACGCCCCCUUCGCCAUGACUGGAGAGAAGGUCGACCUGAAUGAAGAAGAGACCAUCCUGAUCAUCCGACGUCUACACAAGGUGCUCAGGCCUUUCCUGCUCCGCCGACUCAAGAAAGAAGUCGAGGCCCAGCUGCCUGAGAAGGUGGAGUACGUGAUAAAGUGCGACAUGUCAGCCCUACAGACGGUUCUGUACAGACACAUGCAGGCCAAGGGAGUGUUGCUCACAGAUGGGUCAGAAAAAGACAAGAAGGGUAAAGGUGGCACGAAGACCCUGAUGAACACUAUCAUGCAACUGAGGAAGAUUUGCAACCACCCCUACAUGUUCCAGCACAUCGAGGAGUCUUUUUCUGAGCAUCUUGGCUAUUCUGGUGGAGUUGUGAGUGGCUCUGACCUGUUCCGCUCCUCUGGGAAGUUCGAGCUGCUGGAUCGCAUCCUGCCCAAGCUGAGGGCCACUGACCACAAAGUGCUGCUCUUCUGUCAAAUGACCACACUCAUGACCAUCAUGGAGGACUACUUUGCCUACCGCAGCUUCAAGUACCUUCGUCUGGAUGGAACCACCAAGGCAGAGGACCGUGGCAUGCUGCUGAAGACCUUCAAUGACCCGGCCUCAGAGUACUUUGUGUUCCUGCUCAGCACCAGGGCAGGAGGUCUGGGGCUCAACCUGCAGUCUGCCGACACAGUCAUCAUCUUUGACAGCGACUGGAACCCACAUCAGGACUUGCAGGCCCAGGACAGAGCCCACCGCAUCGGUCAGCAGAACGAGGUGCGCGUGCUCCGUCUCUGCACUGUCAACAGUGUGGAGGAAAAGAUCCUGGCAGCGGCCAAGUACAAGUUGAACGUGGACCAGAAGGUCAUCCAGGCAGGCAUGUUCGACCAGAAGUCGUCAGGCUGUGAACGCCGGGCCUUUUUACAGGCCAUCCUGGAGCACGAGGAACAGGACGAGGUCGGGGCUCGAGGAGGCUGCCGUCCUAGAGGGACCUGGGAGGAAGACGAAGUGCCCGAUGAUGAGACCGUCAACCAGAUGAUAGCCAGAAGUGAAGAGGAGUUUGAACAGUUCAUGCGCAUGGAUCUAGACCGACGCCGCGAGGAGGCCCGCAACCCGAAGAGGAAACCCCGUCUGAUGGAGGAGAACGACAUGCCCAGCUGGAUUUUGAAAGACGACGCUGAGGUAGAGAGGCUAACUUGUGAAGAGGAGGAGGAGAAGAUGUUUGGCAGAGGAUCCCGCCAACGUAAGGAAGUGGACUACAGCGACUCGCUCACUGAGAAACAAUGGCUCAAGGCCAUAGAAGAGGGAAAUCUAGAAGACAUCGAAGAGGAGGUGCGUCACAAAAAGACGACCAGAAAGCGCAAGAGGGACCGCGACAAUGACGGCCCAGCCACGCCCAGCUCCAGCAGCAGCCGAGUGCGGGACAAAGACGAGGAUGUGAAGAAAGCAAAGAAACGUGGUCGCCCGCCUGCUGAGAAGCUCUCUCCCAACCCCAUGUCCCUCACUAAGAAAAUGAAGAAGAUCGUUGAUGCGGUCAUCAAAUAUAAGGACGGGAACAACGGGCGACAGCUGAGCGAAGUCUUCAUCCAGCUGCCUUCUCGCAAGGAGCUGCCCGAGUACUACGAGCUCAUCCGCAAACCAGUGGACUUCAGGAAGAUUAAGGAGAGGAUCAGGAGCCACAAGUACCGCAGCCUGAACGACCUGGAGAAGGAUGUGAUGCUACUGUGUCAAAACGCCCAGACUUUCAACCUGGAAGGCUCUCUGAUCUACGAGGACUCCAUCGUGCUGCAGUCUGUCUUCACCAGUGUGAGACAGAAGAUUGAGAAGGAGGACGAGAGCGAAGGAGAGGACAGUGAGGAAGAGGAGGACGACCUAGACGAAGGCUCAGACUCUGAAACUCGUUCAGUGAAGGUGAAGAUCAAGCUGAGCCGGAAAGAAAAAGGGGAUCGAGGAGGAAAAGGACAACGACGGAGGGGCCGAGGGGCCCGAGCUAAACCUGUGGUGAGCGACGAUGACAGCGAGGAGGAACAGGAAGAGGAGCGUUCGGCCAGUGGCAGCGAGGAGGACUGAAGUAAACCACUCCUGAUUGGACCAACGGCCCGCUGAGCCCCUUGACUGGACUUUAUAUAUUUUACUUAGAUACAGCAGGGAGACAGUCGGUGGAAAAGGCCUAGUUUUACCUAGAUGAGCUGAUUUUUAGUGGGACAAUUGUAUUCUCAUUAAAGUAUACCAUUAAUUAAAAACGAAUUAAAAAAAGAAACUAAAAUAUGAAAGCUAUGAACCAUUCACUUCCAUAUUUAAACCAUUUUUCCCAGUAUGAAUAGUAGUGUCUCUUUGCCUUUUUUUGUUUUCUCCUGUAAGUGGAAAAUUGACAGAGCCUGAAUUAUAGACUGAUCGUGGGCCAUAAAGACAGCGAACUGUUUUGUUAAGUGGUAUUCAUUUUGUUGUCUUUUACGUUAUGACAAAGCGUACAUGUGAACCAGGAGUCACUGCGUUCCCUGAAGUCCCUUUUUGAAUGCAUGUCGUGCGUGUCUGUGGAAAUGCACCUGGAUGUGUCUUCGCUAUUAUCUGUGUGUUUAAUUUAAGACUACAAGCGGGAUCACGGUACAUCCCACCCUGCAGCCCCUCCCUCUCAGGUCGUGUAUGUAAAGGGGGAGGGAGGGAUAGGACCAUUUUCUCGUGUCGGUGUCACUGGAUUCCAAAAAGUACAAUAAAGGCAUCUCAUAAUUAA